GAACUAGCAGCCAAUAUAAAGGGCAUCGUUUUCAUUCGUACUGAUCGCCCUGCUCUUCCUGUGCUUUACGAUAACAAUGAACCGUUCGCUGUUGGACAGGCUAAGGUGCUAAAAGAGUCACCGAUCGAUAAAAUACGGAGCCGGCGUGACCAUUUACGAAAUUAUGAAAGCAGCUGAUCAGCUUGAGAAAGAGGGCAUGCACUGCUGUGUUAUCGAUCCGUUCACUAUCAAACCUUUGGAUGAAGCUACUAUUGUCAAACACGCACAACGGACGGGAGGCACGGUCCUUACGGUUGAGGAUCAUUAUCCAGCUGGAGGAAUUGGAGUAGCUGUGGCCGCUUGUGUCGCUAAGCAUGGCAUUCGCGUCAAAUCUCUAUGCGUUAAUGAUGUUCCUCGUUCUGGUAAACCCGAUGAACUGCUCGAUAUGUUUGGCAUUUCUGCUCGCCGUAUGUUGAAGCUGUCAAAAAAUACUGAACACUUCUUUAGACCGGCUGAUUUUGAGUUUAAAAGAAUUCUAUGCAGAAUCUUAACAUUACAUACCGCAGAGUUGUGUAGAGGUUUUAUUCUCGCUGUCACCUAAGGAGCACUGAUUUUUGUUGUUAAUGACUAGAGUUUAUACGAAUACACUUGAGUCUUGCUUUUGCUUGGAAAAUCAAAUAAAUAAG